AUGACUGUCGAAAUGGAACCGCAGCAGGAGUAUGAUGAAGGUGGUCUUACAGGCCCCGGUGCUCCCACUCCUCUUUCAGCCCUCGAAAUUCCGAGUCCCGAUAUUGACUACCUAUUUGAUGGAGGGUUCCAUACUGUGGAGUCGGUCGCAUAUACCCCUAAGCGCAUUCUGGAGCAAAUCAAAGGUAUUUCUGAACAAAAGGCCACAAAAAUUUUAACUGAAGCCCUCAAGCUUGUUCCGAUGGGAUUCACAACCGCGACAGAAAUGCACGCACGCCGUAGCGAACUUAUAUCUAUUACUACUGGAUCAAAACAACUAGACACAUUGCUGGCUGGAGGCAUCGAGACAGGUUCCAUCACUGAGAUCUUCGGAGAAUUCAGGACAGGGAAAAGUCAACUCUGCCACACACUGGCGGUCACUUGCCAGCUACCUUUCGACAUGGGCGGCGGCGAAGGAAAAUGUCUCUACAUUGAUACUGAGGGCACAUUCCGUCCUGUGAGAUUAUUGGCUGUUGCACAACGAUAUGGACUCGUGGGAGAAGAAGUGCUGGAUAAUGUUGCUUACGCUCGCGCAUACAAUUCAGACCAUCAGCUUCAACUUCUCAACCAGGCGUCUCAAAUGAUGUGUGAGACUCGAUUUUCGCUUCUCAUCGUGGACUCGGCAACAGCACUAUACCGUACAGAUUUUAAUGGUCGUGGUGAAUUAUCGAAUCGCCAAACUCACCUGGCCAAGUUUUUGCGUACCUUGCAGCGACUAGUUGAUGAAUUUGGCAUCGCCGUUGUGAUCACAAAUCAGGUCGUUUCUCAAGUUGACGGUGGCCCGAGUUCAAUGUUUAAUCCGGAUCCCAAGAAACCCAUUGGUGGCAAUAUUAUCGCUCAUGCCAGCACAACCCGGCUGAGUUUGAAGAAGGGUCGAGGGGAAACUAGGAUAUGUAAGAUUUACGAUAGUCCCUGCUUGCCCGAAAGCGACUGUCUCUUUGCGAUCAGGGAAGAUGGCAUUGGUGACCCUAGCCCAAAGGACCUGGAGAACGAGUAA